GGGGAAUACACACACAGCUGGUGGGCUGCGUGUUUUGAAUCGACCUGGAAAGCAAUUCAAUCUACAAGGGAAAUUUGCUAAAUCUGUGUGCCUUCCGUCUGCUUUUGGCUGUGCCGGUCAGGGGAUCAGCAAUUGAUUGCAGCAGAUAACACAACUACACACACGACUACAACAGAGAGCACAACUACACACAUGACUACAACAGAGAGCACAACUACACACACGACUACAACGACCCCAGUCCCCACUCCUGCCCCAAUAGAUUGCACCGCCCUACACUGGAGAGUGAACGAGACAAGUAUAGAGGUGAACGUCACUUCUGAAGUUAACAACGUAACAGCCAUUGGGCAGGGUGAAGCACACACCGCUACAAUUGAAAAUCCUACAGCCGUUAUCAGAAACUUAACACCAGGAUGCAUCUAUGAAAUAUCAGUUUGGAAGGACCAGUAUAAGCUAUGCAGUAUUUCACAAUCUCUGAUUCCUUUGCCUGUAUCCGAUCUUACAGUCCUUCCCAAAAGCACCACAGAGUUACAUGUUAAUUGGACUGUUCCUACUGGCUGUAACACUGGAUUCAUCGUCUCAUACAACCAAACGAAUGCUGAACCCAAGAACAUAACUGAAAACCAAACCUUUGCGAUCCUUACUGAUCUCACUCCUGGGACUAUAUAUGAAGUGACAGUGAAGACAGAAAGCAAUGGAACCGAGUCCAGCCCAGUGUCUUCAACAGGGAUAACAUUGCUGGACUGUACGGCUCAGAAAUGGACGGUGACUGAAACAAGCAUUGAUGUGGAAGCAGACGUCCCGAUUGAGAAAGUAACCUGCAUCCAAUCAGACAGCCAGGAGAGCCAGAGAGCUGCUACAGGGAAUCUGAGAGCCAGCUGUACAGGCUUGUCACCUGGAUGUUCAUACAAUGUAUCCAUUUGGGUUCAAGAUCAGAUUGUCUGCACAGAACCACAGUCUCUCAAUGCUCCUCCAGUUACAAACCUUCAAGUCAGUCCAAAGAGCACCUCUGAGUUAGCAGUAAACUGGGCUGAUACUCCUGGCUGUGUUAAAGGAUACAGGGUGUCAGCCAAUGAUACACAUAUUGAAGAUAUUAAUGGAAGUGUUACCUCUAUUGUCAUUGAGAAGCUUGACCCAGGCUGCCUCUACAUCAUCAAAGUCACAACCACUGCCAAUGGGAACGACUCGACACCAGUAUAUAAAACUGGGACCACAAUUCCUUUGCCUGUAUCUGAUCUUACAGUCCUUCCCAAAAGCACCACGGAGUUACAUGUUAAUUGGACUGUUCCUACUGGCUGUAACACUGGAUUCAUCAUCUCAUACAACCAAACGAAUGCUGAACACAAGAAGAUAACUACAAACCAAUCCUUUGUGAUCCUUACUGAUCUCACUCCUGGGACUAUAUAUGAAGUGACAGUGAAGACAGAAAGCAAUGGAACCCAGUCCAGCCCAGUGUCUUCAACUGGGAUAACAUUGCUGAACUGUACGGCUCAGACAUGGACGGUGACUGAAACAAGCAUUGAUGUGCAAGCAGCCGUCCCGAUUGAGAAAGUAACCUGCAUCCAAUCAGACAGGCAGGAGAGCCAGAGAGCUGCUACAGGGAAUCUGAGAACCAGCUGUACAGGCUUGUCACCUGGAUGUUCAUACGAUGUAUCCAUUUGGGUUCAAGAUCAGAUUGUCUGCACAGAAGCACAGUCUAUCAAUGCUCCUCCAGCUACAAACCUUCAAGUCAGUCCAAAGAGCACCUCUGAGUUAGCAGUAAACUGGGUUGAUACUCCUGGCUGUAUUAAAGGAUACAGGGUGUCAGCCAAUGAUACACAUAUUAAAGAUAUUAAUGGAAGUGUUACCUCGACUGUCAUUGAGAAGCUUGACCCAGGCUGCCUCUACACCAUCAAAGUCAUAACCAUUGCAAAUGGGCACGACUCGACACCAGUAUAUAAAACUGGGACCACAAACCCCAAUGCUCCAUUGAACCUGAUUUCAAGCGAGGGCACAACGACGGCUCAUGUGAGCUGGUCAGCACCCAGCAGUGAUGUGAACUAUCAGAUCUACACAUACCUCCUCAGCUGGUCCAGCAGUAAUUGUCUGAAUGGAUCGAAGGUUAUCAACGAGACCUCUGCUUCUCUGAAUGAUCUGAUUCCAGGAUCCCUGUAUAAUGUAAGCGUGCGAUCCCAGAUCAGAGACGCACAGAGUGUGGGAGAGUCACAGUCCAUUCUCACAGUUCCUGCUCAGGUGAGCUCUCUCCAGUGCUCUGCAGUGUCUGGGGGUUACAGUCUGUCUCUGGACUGGGGUAGACCUGCUGGACACUGGACAGAGAUAGAAGUGGACGUGUCCAACGGAGACAUAAAGAAGGUAAAGGAAUGCGGGCCGGUCCAGUGUGAGACGAGAAUCGACGGGCUGAGCCCGGCUCAGUAUUACACCCUCGCUGUGACGACCGUGUCUGGAGAGAAGAGGAGCUUCAAAGCCAUUUCCAUUCAGUGCCAAACUGACACGACAGGUGUCAUCGUCGGCUCUCUGUUUGGGAUUCUAAUACUCAUCUGCUUGGUGGUCUUUCUCAUUCUGUUCAUCCUGAGACGAUACCCUGACCUCCUGAGUUCUAGUUCCAAAGAUGACGACGCUCUGGAAUUUGCAUGUAAGAAGAUGAAACCGAUCGAAGUCAGUAAGUUUGCAGACUAUUUCCACAGACAGCAGGCGGACUCUGAUAUUGGAUUUGCAGAUGAAUAUCAGAGUUUGGGCGCGGUUGGCACUGAUCAGACAAUCAAAGCUGCCCUCAUACCAGAGAAUCGAGGGAAAAACAGAUUUACCAACGUCCUGCCAUAUGACUGGUGUCGUGUUAAGUUGAGUGCUAUUGAUGGAGAGCCAUUCUCAGACUAUAUCAAUGCAAACUACAUGCCGGGCUAUCACACUGCGAAGGAGUUCAUCGCCGCUCAGGGUCCCUUGCCCAACACUGUGGAAGACUUCUGGCGAAUGGCGUGGGAGAACCAGGUGGAGGCGAUUGUCAUGCUGACCAAUUGCAUCGAGAAUACACGAGUGAAGUGUGAGCAGUACUGGCCUCUGGACUACACUCCCUGCACCUACGGAGAUAUUUCAGUCACCACGUCUUCUGAACAGAAGCAGCCUGACUGGACUCUCCGGGAUUUUACUCUCAAACACACAAAAUCCUCGGAAUCCCGGACGGUCAAACAGUUCCACUUCAACGCCUGGCCGGAUCACGGCGUUCCGGAUAACACGGCCACCCUCAUCCAAUUCCGGGCCCUGGUCCGAAAAUUCUUGGACAAUCGGGAGAGGAACGGUCCGGCCAUCGUGCACUGCAGUGCUGGAGUGGGGCGCACAGGAACCCUGAUUGCUCUCGACUCCCUCCUGCUGCAGAUAGAGAAGGAGAAGGCUGUGGGGAUCCAGAGCUUCGUGCAGAAGAUGAGGCUCCACCGGCCUCUCAUGGUCCAAACAGAGUCCCAGUACAUCUUCCUGAACCAGUGCAUGCUCGACACCAUCCAGGGAAAGAACAAUUCUCACCCCGAUGAAAAUAUCUACGAGAACAUGAUCUAUGCCAACGCUGCAGCCAUCAGGGAAUUCCCCACAACCAAUGGGAACGCUGCUUAACUUCGCCCCGCCUCCUCCUGCUCUCAGACAUCCAAUCACAGCACAGCCUCACAGAGAAGGAAAUCCCUUUAAAGGUGUCCCAUAGUAAAAGCAUAGGCAAGCAUUAUAAAAGAUUGAGAGGUAUAGUAAAGCAUAUUAAUAAACAUGGCAAACCAGGCUAAACUCUAGUAAACCAUGGGAAAAGUAAGGGGGGAAACUGUGAAAAUACUGUAGUUUUAUAUCAGUUAAUAAGUCUGGUUGAGCCUCUCUCUUAUAUCAGUUAAUAUGUCUGGUUGAGUCUCUCUCUUAUAUCAGUUAAUAUGUCUGGUUGAGCCUCUCUCUUAUAUCAGUUAAUUUAUCAGGUUGACCCUGUCUCUUAGAUCAGUUAAUCAAAUUGACCAUGACUUUCAUUUAAGUAUAUGUGAGACCGAUAACAUCAUAAUGAAUGUGCUGAAUUAUUGUUGUGUAUUUUUUUGCACUUUGAAGGAUUAAUUUUUAAAAAUGAAGCAUCGGGCUUGAGAAAAGAUUAAUUCUUAAUUUUUAAAGUUUUGCACCCUAAAUCAUAUUUAUAAAGAUACUGUUUAUAUGAUGUCAUUUUUCAAUGCACAUUUUUUAAUUGUUGUAUAUCUGCAAAAGAUGCUCUGUCUUUAAAAUUACUUAUUUUUAUAUAGAAAUAUAUUGGUGCAUUUGAAUUCCCUUUCAAAGAAAAUCCAUUUGUAAAAAAAUGGUUAUGCAAUCAAUAAAAUUUC